GGAGUGCACGACAUAGUCGACAAUAAUAGCACCCAGAGACGCACGAAAAAACGACGAAAGGCCAACCUGCCCAGUCUGCUCAAUCUGCCCAGCCCGCUCGUACCGCUCGUCCAGCUGUUAUGGCUGCUCUGCUGCCUCAGUCAGCUGGCGCACAACACCCGCGCCGACUGCCCGGCCGUCUGCGAGUGCAAGUGGAAGAGCGGCAAGGAGUCCGUCUUGUGCCUUAAUGCCAACCUCACACAGAUCCCAUUGCCACUGGAUGCGGGCACGCAGGUGCUGGAUCUGAGCGGCAAUGAGAUUGCCACCAUACCGCACGAUAGCUUUGCGGCUGCCCAGCUCCUCAAUCUUCAGAAGGUCUAUCUGGCGCGCUGUCGACUGCGGGUCAUCGAACGCCAUGCGUUUCGGAAGCUCAUUAACUUGGUGGAGCUAGAUCUCAGUCAAAAUCAGCUGAACGCCAUACCCUCGCAUGCACUGGAGUUCAUAUCGGAGCUGCGUGAGCUUAAGCUGAGCGGAAACCCCAUCGCACGUGUACCAGACGAUGCCUUUGAGCAUGUGCCACAGUUGGUGCGUUUGGAGCUCAGCGAUUGCCGCCUGGCUGCGGUGGAGGUGCGCGCAUUCGCUGGCCUAGAGAGCAGUCUGGAGUGGCUGAAGUUGGACGGGAACCGCCUUAGCGAGGUGCGCUCAGGUACUAUCACCUCGUUGACUAGUCUCCAUGGUCUGGAGUUGGCUCGCAAUCAAUGGAACUGUUCUUGUUCGCUGCGUCCGUUGAGAGCCUGGAUGCUGCAACAGAACAUUCCCUGUGGUAUUCCCCCGCUCUGUCAUGCUCCCGAGCGUUUGGCGGGCAGAGCCUGGGAUAAGAUCGAUCUGGAUGACUUUGCGUGUGUGCCACAAAUUGUGGCCACCGACACAACCGCGCAUGGGGUCGAAGGUCGCAAUGUGACCAUGAGUUGCUAUGUGGAGGGUGUGCCAGAGCCGGCAGUGCGAUGGCUGGUCAAGAACCGAGUGAUUGCCAAUCUAAGUGCUGGCGGCGAACCCAGUGCAGGGCCACGCACCGCUGCCGCCACCCAAGGCCGCAAGACCUACGUAGUUAACAUGCUGCGUAAUGCCUCCAAUCUAACGAUACUCACGGCCGAUAUGCAGGAUGCCGGCAUAUAUACGUGUGCGGCCGAAAACAAGGCCGGCAAAGUGGAAGCCAGUGUCACGCUGGCCGUAUCGCGACGCCCGCCCGAGGCGCCUCUGGGAGUGCGCAUCGUACUGCUCGGAGUGUUGGCUGCGCUGCUUUUUGUGGUAGGCUCCUCGUUCGCAGCUAUCUGUUUCUGCUCGCUGCGACGCCGACGAAAACUGCGGUUAUGGAACUCUGUACCACCAGCACGCACCGAAAGCUACGAGAAGAUUGAGAUGACGGCAAGGGUAAGCGCGGGCGCUGGGCGACCGGACUUGGGAGGGGGCGCCAGCUGCGGCGGCGGUAGCGGCACUGGCGCCGGUCUCUUUCAUGACGAUGAGCACGGAUAUUUGCGCUCGGCGCACACGCCGCUCAAUUGCGGCUCCGAUGAUGGCGGCGACACAGGUCAUGCGGCCAUUGUCAAUCCCAGUGGCGGCGGCAGCGCGCGUCGCAAUGGCGACUACCUGCAUGUGCCAACUCAUUGUGAUGAUGAGGGCACCGGCUAUGAGGAGGACGAUGUGACAGUACAGUCGUCGCAGCCGCAGAGCACCCGGAAGGCGUCAAUGGGAGAGCCAGCAACCGCAGGCAUCACCAAUAAUUCAGCAGCACCCGCACUGGAGGAAACGGAUCUGCACAUACCGCGGCUGAUUGACAUCGGCGGCAACGACUCUGCGUCUAGCUCCAUCUCAAGCCAAGUGGAUGCGGCCGCACGCCUAGCAGGCUAUGCACAAGCUGCCGGCUGGAAGGCCACCACCAUGCCCAUGGCCACCACCAAGAUAACCUCGCCCCACAGCAAGCAGGCGCAGACAGCGAAGGCAGCUCGUAAUGGGGGCGGCUAUUAUGGCAACCCCGAUGACAUGGCCACCUCUGUGUUCUGUAGCAGCAAUAGCGACGGACAGGAGCACGAUCUCUUCGACAGCAACUAUCCCGAUCUGCUGGACAUAGCCAAGUAUGCGGUGGCACAGGCAGCCCAAUCGAAUCAUGCCUAUCAUAACGCGUUGAUGGCAAAUGCAGCUGCCGCAGCUGCCAAUGGCGGACUCUGCACGCUGCCGCGCAAACUGAAGCACAGUGGAAAGUACUUUAAAAACUCCUCUGACAGCCAGUCGCCACUGCUGGCAGACAACUCGAGCAAAUACGGUAGCAGCAUAUUGGGCGACAGCAGUUUUCUCAACGAGGCCAUGGGCUUGGGCAGACGCUAUUCAGCGGAGUCCAGCUACGCGAACUAUGCCAGCACAGCGACUUACACGAGUGGUCAGCGGUCGAACAGCUUUUUGAACCUGGUUCAGAGUGGUGUGCAUAAAGGUGGUGGCAAUGCACCUCACCAAAAGCUGACCAACGGUCUGCUGGCUGCCAGUCGGCGUAAUCCCAGCCUGCCUUCAUCACCCCAACAACAUCAACGCUCGUUUAGCAGCGCAGCAACGCCACUGCUAGACUUCUCAGCACUGACUACACGCGCUGGCGGCGCUGUGCCUGCCUCCAGUCUGCCGCCUGCACCCCCCGUGGGUUCCUCGGUUGCCGCCUACGAUUAUCAUGCAGCUCAGCUGGAACGAUUUCUCGAGGAGUACCGCAAUCUGCAGGAUCAGCUGUGCAAGAUGAAGGAGACUUGCGACACUAUUCGCAAGAAGGAGGCACCUCUGCGCGUACCCCUCGGCCAGUCGGCACAGCUGGCAGACCCUGUGAUGUUUAAUGCAGCCAUGAGCGGGGGAAGUAGUGGCGGCAUUGGCGGGCCACACAGCCCCAAACCGCCAACUACUUUAAAGACGAAAGCUUUGUUACCAGGCCAGCCCCCAGAUCCCCCACCCUACUGGCUGCAUCGCAAUGCCAUGUUCAAGCGGCUGAACGAAAAUAGCGGCGGCAGUGGGAGCGGUCUGGGUGGUGCUUCAACGGGCGCCUCCUCGCCACAGCCUGGACAGGACAUUUUUAAGAGCUAA